AGAGAGAGAGAGAGAGACCGUUGAUGUCCAGAUAUAAUAUUGCUGAGUGACAGUGGCCCCGAAAUAACUGGGUUUCUAGUUGUCAAGAUACCACAUUCACUUUCCCUUUUCAACACUAAGGAGGUUCCCGUAGCAGUUCCCAAUCCAGGCGGGGUCUGAAUGUGUAUAUAAGACGAGUAGUAGCCCUCAACCACACAUUAACCUCAUCGACCCCACACACAACAAACAUGAAGCUCGUCAUCCUCGCGUGCCUGGCCGUCGUCGCCCUUGCAGCCCCGAAGCCAGAAGAGCUUCCAUCCGUCGUCCAAGUCCUUCGGGAUGAACGUGAGCACGGCGAAGGGGGCAACUUCAAGUACCUCAUUGAGACUGACAACGGAAUCUUCAUGGAGGCAGCCGGCGCCCCGGGAGUGGCUGGGCAAAGUAACAUCCAGGGCUCCUACAGGCUGGUAUCUCCCGAGGGCAUUCUGGAAGAGGUGCGUUUCGUCGCCGAUGAGCUGGGUGUUCGCGCUGAGUCGCCUCUGCUGCCCACGCCUCACCCCCUGCCUGCCCAUGCCGUCGAGCAAAUGCGCUUGGCCGAGGAACAGCGUGCCCUGGAACUCGCCGCUUAAUAAUCAUGUUGUACCAAGUUUCUCUUGACUGAUGAAGGCCAUUUUAUGUUAAUUUUUAAGAUAUUUAUUUAUAAUAAACGUCAGAAU